CCCACCACGGAAGCCUGGAGAAAAACCUGCGGAAAGCAGCGCAGCCCACCAGCGUAAGGAGCUCUGCCACUGGCCAUGCAGAUGCCCGCCGGCACCAACCUGCAGCCCCGGGGUGAGCCUGGCGAGGGACGGCUGCGGCUGCUGCGCGGUGUGCGCCAGGCAGCCGGGAGAGACCUGCAACGAAGCAGACGUCUGCGACCCCCACAAAGGCCUCUACUGCGACUACUCGGCAGACGAGCCUAGGUACGAAACAGGCGUGUGCGCACAUCUGAUAGCUGUAGGAUGUGAGCUCAAUGGAGUUUAUUAUCCUAACGGGCAGACCUUCCAGCCUAACCCGCUUUACAAGUGCCUGUGCGUCAGCGGUGCGAUUGGAUGUACCCCCGUAUUCACACCGAAAUCAGCAGCAAGUCCCUGUGCCAGGGUGACGGGCAGAAGGAAGGCUGGACAAUCCAUCUGUGGGCCUGGACAGCACAAGCAGCUUCAAUCAACAAACUACAGGCUGAUGUCAGCUUACAGAAGCUUACCCCUAGUUUUGAAGAAAAAGUGCCUAGUACAGGCGACUCCCUGGACACCCUGUUCUAAGACUUGUGGGAUAGGAAUAUCCAGCAGAGUGACCAGCGAAAAUAGAAAAUGUGAGCUGAAAAAAGAAAAGAGAUUGUGCUUCAUCCAGCCUUGCCUGACCAACAUACUGAAGACAAUAAAGAUUCCAAAAGGAAAAACAUGUCAACCAACAUUCCAGCUCCCUACAGCAGAAAAACUAGUUUUUUCCGGAUGCUCAACAACCCGAAGCUACCAACUGACUUUCUGCGGGGUGUGCAUGGACAAGAGGUGCUGCAUACCGAACAGGUCCAGAAUGAUCACCGUGCAGUUCGAGUGUCCCAGCGAAGGCUCCUUUAAGUGGAAGAUGAUGUGGAUAACAUCGUGCGUGUGUCAGAGGACCUGCAGCGCUCCAGGAGACAUGUUUUCUGAACUCAAAGUUUUAUGA